GCGCUCGGGGCGGACGCUCGGCUCCCGCCGCGCCUCCUCGCUGGCCGCGCUCCUCUCCCGGCGCCGGCAGCUCCGACCCCCAACCCUGCGGCUGCAGCUGCCGCAGCCCCGGACUGCACCAUGACAGAUCAGGCCUUUGUGACACUGACCACAAACGAUGCCUAUGCCAAAGGCGCCCUGGUCCUGGGCUCAUCUCUGAAACAGCACAGGACCACCAGGAGGCUGGUCGUGCUUACCACUCCACAGGUCUCAGACCCCAUGAGAAGAGCUUUAGAGACAAUCUUUGAUGAAGUCAUCAUGGUGGAUGUCUUGGACAGCGGCGACUCUGCUCAUCUGACCUUAAUGAAGAGGCCUGAGUUGGGAGUCACGCUGACGAAACUUCACUGCUGGUCUCUCACACAGUACUCAAAAUGCGUGUUUAUGGAUGCAGAUACUCUGGUCCUAACAAAUAUCGAUGACCUUUUCGAGAGAGAAGAAUUAUCCGCAGCCCCAGACCCCGGGUGGCCUGACUGCUUCAACUCUGGAGUCUUUGUCUACCAGCCCUCAGUUGAAACGUACAACCAGUUGUUGCGCCUUGCUUCUGAGCAAGGUAGUUUUGAUGGCGGGGACCAGGGCUUACUGAACACAUUUUUUAGCAGCUGGGCAACAACAGAUAUCAGAAAACAUCUGCCAUUUAUUUAUAACCUAAGUAGCACUUCUGUAUACUCCUACCUCCCAGCAUUUAAAGCGUUUGGUGCAAGUGCCAAGGUGGUGCAUUUCCUGGGACGAGUCAAGCCGUGGAAUUACACUUACGACGCCCAAACAAAAAGUGUUAAAAGUGAGUCCCACGAUCCCACCAUGACUCAUCCAGAGUUUCUCCACCUUUGGUGGGACAUCUUCACCACCAGCGUCUUACCUCUGCUUCAGCAAUAUGGCCUUGUCAAAGACACCUGCUCAUACCUACAUGUGGAACAUGUCUCAGGAGCCGUAUCACAUAUGUCCCUCGGAGAGAGCCCAGCUACACCUCAGCCCUUUGUAUCCUCAGAGGAGCGGAAGGAGCGGUGGGAACAGGGCCAGGCUGAUUACCUAGGAGCAGAUUCCUUUGACAACAUCAAGAGGAAGCUGGACACUUACCUCCAGUAGCAGCGUGGCCAUCCUCCUGUGGACACAGCCACUUCACAGCCACCUGUUUCUGACACUUAGCAUCUAGAGUGGGCUGAGAAGUCUGUUACAGUUGUUAAGGCUUUCACUAAAACUCAUCAGACAAGGGCUUCUUGCAGGACGACAGGUGAGAACUAGGCAAAAAUUGUGAAGUUGUCAUUCUGUUAUGGACAGUGUUCUGCUUUGUAACCCUAGACUUACUUAGCUAACAUUUCAGAAAUUCGCAAUAUGGCAACUGCCAACAUACGUGGUAGGGGAGGCCCACUAUUGACAUUGAGAUGGCUGUUCAUCUCAAGUGUGCAGAACCAGGCUCCACACCCCUCUCCCUCCAGAAUGGGAUGUGGCAUCUGCCCCUUGCUUGCUUGUCACACCCUGCACUAGAUGUGCAUUUUGCAACUGUCCAGAGGCUGCCAGAGUGAUACUUGUGCUUUCAGGUAAAGGCAGCCUUUAAUAACACUGCCCUGUGACUCAUGAACACAUCGACAGGUGGCAUCAGCCCGCCUCAUCUCCUAGUCCUAUUGUCUGAAUAGUUCACAGUUUUCCAUGCACCGUGAAGGCAGCAUGCUGAAGCUUUUGUUCAGUUCUGUAUAUCUGAAAAUCGCAGUGUGUUCUCUGAUGGUAACCUGCAGUAGCAUCCUGUAUGAAAAUAAAGACUUACUGCCAUA